GGGACAGCACUUUGAGACCUGCACUGCAAGGAGAGAGACGCCAAAACGAGAGGAUUACAAUUCUUUAAAAAAAAAAAAAAAAAUGACAGAAGAGAAGUUGCUGCAGCGACGAUUUGUCUGGUCUGAAGACCAAACCAAAAAAUUAAUUUGUCUCAGGAUAAAACAUGAAGCGCUAUUUACGGGCUUCCGCAACGCGUCCUUACAAGGAUUUGAGUAAGUGUUGAGUUCUUGUAAUCCAUAUAAAAGUAAAUGGGCUGAAAACAAAAGAAAACCAGUGUUGAUGAGCAGCAUUUGUGUCUGUGUGCGUAUGUGUAUAGUGUUAUCAUUGCAGAAAUGGGUCUGCAGAAGGUUGUGACCCCCAGCCAGGCUGCAAAGAAAUGGGAAAACUUAAAGAAGAAAUAUAGGGUUAACCUGUUUAAUGUUUAUGCACAUGGGUUGCUGGGUGACAUGUUGGAUGUUGUUCUGUGGGUUCAAUUGACACCAAUGGAUCUCAUCUUGCCACGAACUGGUGCAGGCACAGAGGGUGGGCAGGUCACUGCUGCAACAUGGCCCUUUUUUGAGGCCAUGCAUGAUGCCAUGGGGGCGAGGGACUCCAUCAGGCCCCUCAGCCUCAUAGCCACUGCAGUGGAUACAGAGGCUGAGGAGGAUACUGAUGAGAGUCCCAGACACCCCAACAAUGGCGCGUCCACCAGCGCAAUGCCGUCCACCAGCACUGCCUGGGGGUCCAGUGGAGAGCCACCAGAACCCUCUACCCACUCUCCACUCUCCAACAAUCCAGAGGGUGGAGGGAAAGGGAGGAAGAGGAGGAGGAAGAGCAGCAGCAGCCACAUCCUGGAGUUCCUCAAAGAAGAUGCUGCCAAACGAGAGGCCAGGAACCUCCAAAUGGAUGCCCGGGAGGAGGCCAGGGAGGCCAGAAACCAGGCCCAAAUGGACCGGCUCUUGGGAGUAUUUGAGAAACUUGUCGACAGUCAGACGGCCAAAAAAUAGACCGCCUAUUUGUUUUUUCUGAGGUCUUUAUUUUAUACACUUUUUUUUUUUAAACUUUAUUUUAUUUUUAUUCAGUCAUUACAGUGCAGGUUUAAGCACUACCCCCUGGGUCUCUGAUAUUAAAACAUUUUGAAUUUCAACUUAUGCAUUGCCAUAUUCAUUAAGGUAAACAGUCCACUUACUAGCAAGUUGGUGUUUGUGCUGCACAUAUGCAUGUUGACAAAUUGCACUCUAUUGUCUUACACAAGUUACUGGCAGUGUUUUCAUUUAAUCAGCAGACCAAUGUGUGGUAACACAAAUGCAUGCAAACAGGUCACAGGCAGUACAUGUAGUAUUUUUAUUACCACAGAAUGAAUUGUCAACCAGCUGAGAAAAUCUUCCAAGGAUGAUUGUGAUGGGAUCACUCUUCGUCUGGUCUCUACCCUUCAACCAAUACGGCAUGGGUGUCCCUACCAGGAGUAUAAACUCCAGCCGACAUAGCUCUCAAGGUCAUGGAGACACACAAACUGCCCCACCACGAUGAGGUGGUGAUCCAUUAGGGGCAGAGAAAGUAGUAUGCCUGUAAAAACAAAAAGAAUGUAAACUGAAAUGAGCCAUCCUGGCAACCAUCAAUGUGUCAGUCAAAACUAAAAAGGCACUCAUGCAUUCUUAAAAACUACAAAAUAGGAUGCAAAAAUGAAACAUUCUUGUGCCUUCCUCAGGCAUUGAUGCAAAUGAACAGGCCCAAAAAAAUAUAAAGAUGAAUAAUUAUGGUCCUGUAAUGGUGCCUCAAGAUGUGAGGGUGCUGAGAGACAGGCGGAGAUCCUAUCCCUGAUGUGGGACCCACUGCUCCCCUGGAGGUCUUCGGGAGGGGGUGGUGGGGGUGGGAGGUCAGGGCCAUGUGGCUGCUGCUCUGGCUCUUCGACAACAUCACCUUGGGCCAGACACAAAUUGUGCAGGACUGCACAUGCCAGGGCAACUUCAGAGCAGAAGCGGGGCCUCACCUCCAGGGCCUUGAAGAGGGUGGCCCGCCACCGUGCCUUCAUCAUGCCAAAGGCCCGCUCAAUAAUGGAGCGGGCCCGGCUGUGCGCCUGGUUGAAGCGCUCCUGCAUCCUUCCAUGCAAGGGGUGUCGGUAGGGGGUAAUAAUAGCAAUGGGCCCCUCAAGGCAGGGGUAACCUCCGUCUCCCAAAAGAAAAUAACCAGGUGGGGGGUACAAGGCCUGAACAUAAAUGGGGCUGUUUCUGAGAAUGCGGGUGUCGUGCACAGAGCCGCCGUAGCCAACAAAA